AUGAUGCAAAAGCUCUACUCUAACAUUUUGUCGCGAAAACUUAUGAUGCCUACAGGUGGAAAAGAUGAAGAUGGCAACAGCAUAAAAAACGGACUUGGACUUAGCAGUUCCUCAGGGCUGAGUAAAAAGCAACGAAAAGCUCGCACCGCUUUUACUGAUCAUCAAUUGCAAACCCUUGAAAAAAGUUUCGAAAGACAAAAGUAUUUAAGCGUGCAAGAUAGAAUGGAGUUAGCCAAUAAGCUUGGGCUAAGCGAUACUCAAGUUAAAACGUGGUAUCAAAAUCGAAGAACAAAGUGGAAGAGACAAACUGCAGUAGGAUUAGAACUAUUAGCAGAAGCUGGAAAUUAUGCUGCGUUUCAGCGGUUAUAUGGUGGACCUCCUUACAUCGGCGCCUGGCCUUACCCUACUCCUUCAGGGCCUCCUGGAACAUCACAAAGUGCGGUUGACGCAUACUAUAGACAUGCAGCUGCAGCAGCUGCUCUCCAAAAACCAUUACCUUAUCGUAUGUAUCCAGGUGUACCAACCAUCGGAACAUUGAAUUCUAUUCCGGGUCCAAGCGGCCCAUUCCCUCACCUCUCUGCGUCCAGUUCACUUUCAACGCUGAGCAGUUACUAUCAAGCCAAUUGUGGGCAACAACCAGCAGGAUCAUUGUUGCAACAACCUCAUCAAACUCCUAGCGGUGGAUCAAACCAACUUCGUGAUGGUGAAACCAGUGUUGGAGCAGGAAGCCAACAUGAUAUUAGUAAUCUUAACUCACUUACCAGCAUUAGUAAUCAUAGUCUGAACAGCCAGAUAAGGCAUAGUCCUAGCCCGAUGCUCAAUCCCGGUAGUCCACCAGGACAAUCCGAAAGUAAUCCACCUGAUAGUGAUGACGAGGAAGAUAACAUUCAAGUAUGAAGCGUACAUAGUCCAAAUGACAUUUAAAGUCACUUUUGCCUUCCUAAUCCAACAAUUAUCAAUAAUGUUGAAAAGCUAGUCCACUUAACUAGCAAUAGACACAUACAGUGACCGACAAAAAAAAAGUUUUUUUAAAUUUGUGUAUAAGUUACAGUUUAAAAAACCUUCCAUUGCGUACAUCAAAAAUAAAAUUAAUACUUUUUUUAAUUACAUACUUUGCGUUCUUGUAAAUUCAGCUUCAAAAAACAUUCAAGGACUAUAUGUUUACUGAAAUCGGUUAUUGAAUUUCUAUUAAAUAAAAUACUCUGAGAACAAAAGACCAUCUAGCAUAAGCUUAAGCAAUAAUUUCUAUCUAGUAGUUAAAUAUUUUCUUAGACCUUCAAUUUGUUAGCAGGUUUUACACAUUCUUAUUUUGAUGUCCCAGACAAUCAAUUUGUAAUUGUUUUCUGGUAUCGUAUAGCUAGGGUAUCGAAACUAUGACCCGCGGGCUUUCGGGAGCCUCAUUAAAGACCUGCGAUUAUUUUGUAAAAUAUAACGAGUAUUGUAUUUUAUU